AAAAUGGCAACAACUCUGGCGGCAGACCCAACUCCAAGAUUCAUUGUGAUAAAGUCAAAACAGUAUAGUGAUAAAGGGCAUGCAUACUUCAAGGCAGAGGCAGAGGGCAGUGGUGGGUCCGUACAUCUCGGUGAAGCCGACGUGUUCAGCACGCUCGUGAAGAUGGAGGCCGAGCGAUCAACCAGCGGCAGCAAGUACAUCAGCCUGCGAUUUUGUUACUCCAACAGAUAUUGGGUGCGGAAGGCAAACAGCAACUUGAUUGUGUCGGAGUCCGACCAGCCGGAAGAAGACACGACGAAGCCAACGUGUACAUUGUUCGAGCCGGUUAAGGUCGAUGAUUUCUACUACUUGAUCCACGUUCAGAGCGGAGGGCGCGUGUUGAUGGAUGCAAACUCCAACUAUGCUUUCUAUGUGGAAUCAAAUCCGAGAAGUGAUCAAGGUUACCUAACUCUUGUGGAUUGGGAUUCACUAGUGAAUCUGCCUCCGCGUGUGGCGUUCAAAGGGGACAAUGGAAAGUAUCUCCAAGAUUCGCUGUUUUUUAGGUUGAAUUUUAUGUCCGACGAUCCUAACGCCCAACUCUCGAUCUACGUGGUUGAGCAGAGCCCAGACGGCAAUGUCCGAAUAAAAGACAGUCAGUUUGGUUAUUGGUGGCAAGUAGACGUUGAUACUUCGCUGAUAUAUACCUAUGCUUAUGAUCCGAAGCGGAGUCAGUUCUGGCCGCUCAAAAUCGACGAAAACUCUAUUGCGCUCCGCAGCAUUCACAACAACAACUUUUGUCAGCGUCUCACCGAUGAUGGCUUGACGGCGAAUGCUCUGAGCGCAUCGGCUUCCACUAUCACCAAGGAGGCAAUAAUGCAGGUGCAAGAACUAGUGUUGGAAAGGAAGAUGACCAACGUGACGUACCAGAUGGAGUAUGGCCGGAUCUUCAACGAGCUGCCUUAUGUUGGAGGGAUAUCUACGAUGACCAACGAACAAUAUGUGGAUGAUUCCAUGUCAGUCGAGAUUAUGUACGAAGACCAGAAGUCUUCCACUUUUACAGGUGGCUUCUCGCUGACGGCGGGUGUCUCAGCCUCCAUCGAAGCCGGCGUUCCCUUCAUCGAGAAAGCAACCAUUACAGUCAAUUAUUCGGCAACUACGACGUUCGAGUGGGCCAAUACGAAAACAACUACAACAUCAGUUAAGGCGCGCUAUUGGCACGGCUGUUGUGCCCGCGAGGAGCAUUGCUGUGAUUGAAUACGUGGGAACCCAGGGCACCUGCAAUAUUCCCUUCUCUUACACUCAGGUAGACAAGAGCUCCACCGACGCCCAAAUUUCUUAUACCGAGGUCAGUGACGGUAUUUACACUGGCGUCAAUUGUUAUAACUUCAACUUUCAUAUCAGAUCAGUUGAGCCGCUUUAAUUCAACAUGGAUAUGGACGGACCGGUCAUCAUCUCUCAACCUCUUCUCUACUUUAUCGUUGUGCUAAUAAAAUCAUUUCCACACAAUGGUUUGUUCAAUGUUUUUGUAUUUCUAUUUCUUGUAAUUUUGUGUUGUUGCAGUUUCUUCUUUUAUAUAAUAUCGAGGCGAGGCGAGUCCGCUAUUACUGUCGUAAUUUUGAAUUAUUGUAUUUUGGUGUUGUUGUAAUUUAAG